CUCUCUCUCUCUCUCUCUUUGCCUCAGUGUUAUUUUUUUGUUGUUUUUUUUGCAGGAAAAUGGCUGAGGCCAGUAUUUCAGUAGAUCAGGACCAGUUCAGCUGUCCAGUCUGUCUGGAUCUCCUGAAGGAUCCGGUGACUCUCCCCUGUGGUCACAGUUUCUGUAAGGUGUGUAUUAAUGGCUGCUGGGAUCAGGAGGAUCAGAAGGGUGUCUACAGCUGUCCUCAGUGCAGAGACACUUUCACUCCAAGGCCUGUUCUACGCAGAAACAACAUGCUGGCUGAAGUGGUGGAGAAACUGAAGAAGAAGACUGAACUCCAAGCUGCUUCUCCUGCUCACUGUUACGCUGGACCUGGAGAUGUGGAGUGUGAUUUCUGUACCGGGAGAAAAUGCAAAGUUGUCAAGUCCUGUCUGAUGUGUCUGGCUUCUUACUGUGAAAUUCAUCUUAACUCACAUCUAGAACAUCCUGCUUUGAAAAAACACACAUUAAUUAAAGCUUCUGCAAAACUACAAGAGAAGAUCUGCUCUCAACAUAACAAGCUGAUUGAGAUCUACUGUCGUACUGAUCAAACCUGCAUCUGUUAUUUGUGUAUGACGGAUAAUCACAAAGGUCACGACACCGUCACAGCCACAGCAGAAAGAGCUGAGAAAGAGAAUGAGUUAAAGGAAGAGCAGAUGAAAUCCCAGCAGAGAAUCCAGGAGAAGCAGAAGAAGGUGCAGGAGCUGAAACAGGCUGUGAGCACUAUAAAGUUCACUGCACAGACAGCAGUGGAGGACAGUGAGAUUAUCUUCACUGAGCUGAUCAGCUCCAUGGAGAAAAAGCGCUCAGAGGUGACGGAGCUGAUCAGAGCUCAGGAGAAGGCUGAACUGAGUCGAGCUGAACGACUCCUGGAGCAACUGGAGCAGGAGAUUGCUGAUCUUCAGAGGAGAGUCACUGAUCUGGAGCAGCUUUCACACACACACGAUCACAUCCAUUUCCUCCAGGCUUUAGCUUCUGGACGUCAGUCUCCCACACUUAAAAGAUCAGAUUUUCACACAUCCAGCAUCACUGUCCAUCAACAUCUCUCAUUUGAUGGAGUGAGAAAUUCUCUCUCAGAUCUGAAGAAGAGACUCGAGGAAUUCUAUGAGGAGGAAUUCAACAAAAUCCCUCCACAUGCUGCAGCAGUUCAGAUCAUUUUACUACCAGAGAGCAGAGAAGAUUUUCUGAAAUAUUUCUGUUAUCUCACUCUGGAUCCCAACACGGCACAUCGUAAACUCAUUCUGUCUGAGAACAACAGAGCGGUGAGAUACAGUGAGAGAGAGCAGCAGUACUCCGAUCAUCCAGAGAGAUUUGACUCUAUCUGGCAGGUGUUGUGUAAGGAGAGUGUGUGUGGACGCUGUUACUGGGAGGUGGAGAGGAGCAGUGAUGAUGUGUUCAUAUCAGUCUCAUAUAAAGACAUCAGCAGGAAAGGACGGGGUGAUGAGUGCAAGUUUGGACGCAACAAUCAGUCCUGGAGUCUGGAGUGUUCUUCUUCUUCUUCUUCUUCUUCUCUUUGUUUCUAUCACAACAACAUUGAGACUAAACUCAGAGUUCCAUCAUCCUCCAGAAUAGGAGUGUAUGUGGAUCACAGUGCAGGAACUCUGUCCUUCUACAGCGUCUCUGACACGAUGAAGCUCCUCCACAGAGUCCACACCACAUUCACUCAGCCUCUAUACGCUGGGUUUAGGAUCUACUGUUUAUUUGGUUCUACAUCUGUGAGAUUGUGUGAUCCAAAAUAAAGUGUGUAGUGUUUUAUGUAAAAUUCCUGCACAUUGCCACAUUGUUGCUCAGUCAUCUGUCUGACUAGCACACAAUCCAUCUGCACAAAAACACACUCAUUUAAAUGUAUUCAUUAAAAUGGAUUAGUCAUUUUACAAUAAUUAAAAAGGAAAUGUUAAAAAUGAAAGGGGAGUAAUGACUUUAAUAUUUUCAUUGAGAGACACAUUACCUGAACCCGGGGCUCCACCCUAACAGAACUUAGGAGAAGUAAAUCCUAGGAGGGCAGGGGGUGCUACAUGUAUAAAAUAUAUUAUUAAAAUAAUAUUAACUAUUAUUAUUGUUGUUGUUGUUGUUGUUGAUCUUAAUAUUAUUUUUAUUUUAAAUAAUAGCUUAUAUAAAGUAUAUAUGAUGUGUAUUUGUAAUAAUAGAAGUAAUAAGAAUUAUACAUAAAUAAAUCUCAUUUUCUAAUCUGAUACUGA